UCUGUAGCCAAAGUUAAGACUCCAAAACUUCUCAGAACUCCAUGGCAUCUCAACUCCCUCUCUCUCCUCCUCCCAAGUACUUGCAAGAAGAUGAUCUAACCCAAGAAUGCAGAGACUUACUCACUUCCCUUCCCAGAGAAAAUGGGUGGGUCAAUUCCCACCUCUAUAACUAUCAAGGCUUUUGGCACACGUCUAGGAUGUUUCAAGGAACAUUUUCAUGUCAAAAACUAUUCCAAGCUCAAGACACUGAUAUCCUCCUUGUCACCUUCCCCAAAUCAGGCACCACCUGGCUGAAAGCAAUCCUGUUCGGGUUAGUGAAUCGGACGCACUAUCCCGAUACCAAACACCACCCGUUACUAGAAAGCAAUCCGCAUGAUCUUGUCCCAUUCUUGGAACAACUCUUUGCCGACAAACAGGUCCCUGAUUUAGCCUCAUUUACUUCCCCAAGGCUUUUUUCCACCCAUUCACCUUUACCGUCCCUUCCUGAAUCUGUGAGGUCUUCCAAAUGCAAGAUGGUGUAUUUGUGCAGGAACCCAAUGGACACUUUUGUCUCACUUUGGCACUUCACAAACAAAUUAAGACCAGAGAAAAAUGGAGCCAAUUCACUUGAGGAUGUUUUUGACAGGUUUUGUAGGGGAGUGAGCCUCUGUGGACCCUUUUGGGAUCAUGUGUUGGGUUAUUGGAAGGAAAGCCUGGAUAAGCCCAAUAAGGUAAUCUUCUUGAAGUAUGAGGAAAUGAAAGAGGAACCCAAUUUGCAUUUAGGGAGGCUAGCUGAGUUCUUGGGCUUCCCAUUUUCCCCCGCGGAAGAGGCAUCCGGGUUGGUGGAUGAGAUUUUGGGACUCUGUAGUUUCGAUAAUCUGAGAAAUUUGGAGGUGAACAAGACCGGAGAGUUGUCGACAGGAGAGGAAAAGAGGGCUUUCUUCAGGCGAGGUGAGGUCGGAGACUGGAAGAAUUUCCUGACGGCCGAGAUGGUAGACCGACUUGAUCAGAUCAGCGAACAGAAGUUGAAGAAUUCUGGAUUGAAGUUUUAGGCCUAUUCGGUCUAGCAUUGGCAUUAGUCAAAAAAAAAAGAAGAAGUCUGCGUUCAGUUUUGUUAUUCAAUUGCGCAACCUUUUCCUCCUUGUGUGGUUGUGUUGUCUAGAAAAGAAAACAAAACUGGUAUCAAUGGUGUCGUAGACUAUGGUAAAAUCUACUGCAAUUUACCAUUUCCAUUUUGCGUAGGCAGAAGUUAAUUAAUUAGUACCACUUUC